AUAUAUAAUUAAAUGGUUAGAAUUGCAUGAUGUUUCAUUUCAAGAAAUACCAUUUGAGAAAGAAAAAAAGAUGGAGUUCAUCUUAGGACAAGCUCUACUCCUCCUUUGCUUUAUCAUAUCAUGUUUUCUUAUCAUCAGUACCACAAGAUCAAGAAGGAAAACUUUUGGGGCAGCGGCUAUGCCUCCUGGACCUCCACGGCUACCUAUCAUUGGAAACAUUCACCUUGUUGGUAAAAACCCACACCAUUCAUUUGCCAAUCUCUCAAAAACUUAUGGACCAAUCAUGAGUCUUAAGUUUGGAAGCUUAAACACAGUAAUCAUAACUUCACCAGAAGCUGCAAGAGAAGUUUUAAGAACACAUGACCAAGUUUUGUCUUGGCGCAGCUCCACUAACACGAUACGGUCCAUCAAUCACCAUGAGUUUUCCUUUGUCUGGCUCCCUCCAUCGUCGGCUCGUUGGAGGCUACUGAGGAAACUGUCGGUGACUCUACUGUUCUCUCCGCAGCGUAUCGAAGCUACGAAAGCCUUGAGGGUGAACAAAGUGAAGGAACUUGUGAGCUUCCUGAAUGAAAGCAGCGAGAGAGAUGAACCUGUUGAUAUUUCUCGUGCUUCAUUCAUCACAGCUCUUAAUAUCAUAUCCAACAUUCUGUUUUCUGUCGAUCUUGGUAGCUACGACUUGAAGAAUUCCAAUGAGUUUCAGGAUGCGGUGAUUGGUGUCAUGGAAGCUAUCGGAAACCCAGACGCUGCUAAUUACUUUCCAUUUCUGGGGUUUCUUGAUAUGCAAGGUAAUAGGAAGGCCAUGAAGGAUUCCUCAGAAAAGUUGUUUAGGGUUUUCCGUGGGUUCAUCGAUGCAAAAAUAGCAAAAAGAUCCGAUAAAAAUGCUCCGAGCCACGAUUUCGUGGAUGCGCUUCUUGAGCUCACAAAAGAAGAUGAAGUAGAGCUAAACACUAAUGAUUUUGUACACCUUCUCUUGGACCUCUUUGGAGCGGGCACGGACACAAACUCUAGUACUGUUGAAUGGGGAAUGGCAGAGUUACUUCGAAACCCUAAAACAAUGGCAAAAGUUCAGGCUGAGAUCGAUCGUGUGAUUGGUCAAAAAGGGUUUGUUGAAGAGUCUGACAUCUCAGAACUACCGUAUUUACAAGCAGUUGUGAAGGAAGUUUUUCGGUUACAUCCAGCUGCUCCGUUACUCGUCCCACGGAAAGCAGAAUCAGAUGUGGAGGUUCUAGGGUUCAUGGUGCCUAAAGACACUCAAGUUUUGGUGAACGUGUGGGCCAUAGGACGAGAUCCGAGUGUGUGGGAGAAUCCAACCAGGUUUGAGCCGGAAAGGUUUUUAGGUAAAGAGACUGAUGUGAGAGGUAGAGAUUAUGAGCUGACACCUUUUGGAGCUGGAAGAAGAAUUUGUCCUGGAUUGCCUUUGGCUGUGAAGAUUGUGCCUCUCAUGCUUGCUUCGCUUCUCUAUUCUUUUGAAUGGAAGCUUCCAAACGGCAUCAAUCCUGAAGACUUGGACAUGGACGAGACCUUUGGUCUCACAUUGCAUAAGACCAACUCGUUACAUGCCGUUCCCGUCAAGAAACGCCAUUAAUUAGCCGUUGUAGUAUAUAUUUCUUUUACAUAUACUAACUACGAAUACAGUUCCACGAACCGAAUAAGUUUGACCUUAUGUGUUACAUGUCAAGGAAUAUCAGUGAAUUUUAUUUUUGGAAUGA